UUAAAUUACAUAGAUAUGUGUUAUUACUUUCAUAAUGAUAUGUAGUAAGAAAACUAGUUUACCUUCAUCUGGAGUUCCCAUCGUAAUUCAAACUGAACACGAUCAGACGAAAUACGAAUAAAACCAGCGAAUAAACUAACCUUCCAUCAACCACAACAACUAUUUAUACAUAAUAAUCUGUCGUUUCCCUAUCUUAUCUCCAUAACAUUUUCAAAUCUACUUGGACGUGGCAUUGAUAGAUCUCUAGCGAAUAAUACCUAGUAGAAUGAAAUUAACGUUAAUUAAAUGUGCACUAAUUUAUCGACAACGCGUAAAAUAUAAUUUACUAAUAACAUAUUUAUUUAUUGUUUAUUUAAUCGUGUGAUAUACGAGGUGUUUAAAAUAAGGCGGAUUUAUAAUGGAUAAUGCGCUGGAAUUGGCCGAAACUGGCGAGGCAGUCUCGUUAAUCAACAACAACAAUCAAGCGAAUUCAUUGAGCGACUCCCAUGACGUAUCCAUCUCUAACCAAUUGCUCAAUGCGUUGGUCACGAACAACGCGGAACGCGUGAAGGACACCAUCAGAAAAUUCAAAGGGGAUUUGAGGCAUCUCAAAAUCGAAUCCGCAUCGGGCGGCAGGAGUUUCCACGGAUACCUGUGGGUCUUCGUGUGCAUUAGCGACUCCGUAGAAGCGAGUACUUUAGCGGUUUUUUUCGCCGAAAUGAAGGCGACCAAGCGCAAGUCCAUGAAAUGCUUUGACGAGAGCUGGUUCGGCUGGGAGCCAAUACAUUACGUGGCCAGGACGGCUAAUAGGGCAAAAUUAGCCGCUUUAUUGGAACUACUCGAAGGCGACGUGAAUUCUUUAACGUACUUUUCGGAGAACGCUUUACACGUGCUACUGCAGUACGAAAAAUCCGCAGUACCAUUCGGUGUACUGCUUAGCAACGGCAAGGUUUCCACGCAGGCAGCUAUAAUAGGUAUCGAGAAAGACGAGAUAAGAGAAUGCGCGAAGAUGCUAAUUAAGCACGGUAUCGACGUGAACCAGACGAAUUUCUGGAACGAAACGCCUAUUUGCCUAGCAAUUCGAUUCAGAUACAUAAAACUAAUCAAGCUAUUGCUAACCGUGCAUUGCAUCGAUUUGGACAGUUUCGUGGAAUCCGGCAGGACGAUCCGCGAGUACUUGAAAUGGAACCUCUUUACGGCUCUACCGAAAUCCUACGUCCAAGAGGACCCCCUCAAGAUCCGGUUCAAUUUCCUGAAAUCCGGCGACGAAUUCAACUUUAUUCACUUCAACGAUUCCAUCGGCAAUAUCAUAAACUCUUUAGACGGCGAGGAUUCCUACACCAUGCUGCAAUUCUGCGCCCGCAAGGGAUUCUUGGAGUACCUUCAACAUGACUCCUACAAGACCAUGACGCUUUUUAACUACGAUAUUCUGGAUAAUCCCAUGUUGAGCGUGUUCAAAGAGAAAGGACUUGCAAAAUGCGUUAAUUAUUUACUCGACAACGGCGCCGACGUGUUCAAAACAACAAGAAAAUUCAACGAAACUGUAUUGGAAUUCUGCUCAAUAAGAGGCUACUAUCCCUUUGUUGCGAUUCUUCUUCAACACAAGCACAGUAAAUACACCUUCGACGACAUUUUCACCAUCUUAUCGAAGAUAGCAAAACGGGAACUCAAGAGUCAAGAAGAAGCACAGGUAGAAGCACAGCAGGAGUCACCGAAGCACAGCAAGUUCUACAGGAAUUGCGUGCUGCAUUUGUUGCUGAACAAACUGAUACGGUUGUACAGCUUGGAGGGCAUCUGCGAGAAAUCCGAAGCGCUGACGGGCAAGAAGAGGAGAGCUCUGAACGAGAUCCUGAGCGUUAUGAACUUGGAAAACGAGGAAAGGAACGUCGAGGACGCGGAAAUCAUCCAGCAGGUGUUGGAGUUGGGCGCCGGGUUGUCUUACAAACAGGCGAAAACCGAUAAAAUGAUGGUGGAACGGCUGGAUUAUUCGUUGUUGCGGUCGCAUUUCGACAGUUGCAUCGACGGUAACAAUUUCAAAUACGACACGUUGAUCAGGGACGAUGGGGAAGUUUAUAACGAGAAUAGGGUGCUGAAUUAUCUGGUGCACGACAAGCAGAAGCAGCAGUUGCUGACGCACCCGCUGUUGAUGCUGUUCAUUCGAAAGAAGUGGGAUAAGAUUUACAAAAUAUUUUACACGAAUCUGAUCUUCUACACGUGCCUGCUGAUAGCGAUUUACGCUUUUACCGUUUGCAAAUAUUUUAUGGAAAGUGAUUCGGUUUUGUUCGUUUCCUACUGUCUAUUACUGGCGUUCCAUGUGAUUAAGGAAAUCGUGCAAUUGCUGGUUUUGUACAGGUGGAGGUACAUUUUGGAAACUUCGAAUAUUUUGGAGUCAUUCAUGAUCGGUUUCUGUUUAAGUAAUUUAUUGUGGCCUAAUAUGUAUUCGGCCGUGGGUAGUAUUCUAUUUUCGACAUUCAUAUUUUUCAUUUUGUUAGGCCAAUUACCGGUUUUCACUAAGUACACGGUAAUCUUCAGUUCUAUUAAAUAUUUCUUUCAAUACAUGGCCUUCUACUCGGUGCAAUUCGUGGCCUUUUCGAUUUGUUUUUAUCUAAUUUUCCCGUUUAAGAACGACAUGAAUCGCACGGCUCCGAAUUGGGGGGACGUAGUUAAAAAUUUAUUUUACACUUUAAUUUACUUUACUGGAGAAUUCAGCGACAGGGUUUUAGAACCCACAGAUUACCCCGUAUUCGGUAGAAUAAUCACCACUGUAUUCAUCUUCUGCAUGACAAUAAUAUUAAAUAAUCUACUAGUAGGUCUAAUUGUGGCCGAUAUGGACGAUAUACAGAAGAGCGCCAAGCUCUACAAGCAAAUCAAACUGGCCAGUUUCAUUAAAAACACCAACAUGAUCAUCAAACGAAUCCACAAUUUCAAGUACAUAAACUGCGUGAAAAGGUUCAUCAGAUACUACGACGUGUUCACUAAAGGCAAAAAGAAGGUAAUCAAGAACGUCAACAUCCACAGAUUCGACGAGGAAACGCGAAAAUACCUGAAGGAAAUUAGGAAAAAUCGCGUAUUCAACGAGCACGCGCUCAAGGAGGUUUAUGCUGAAAUAUUUAAAGACAAGGAAUAAUAAUUUUCCGUACUAAUUUGUUUUAUUUUAUUACCUGCAGUGCUAAAAGUGUGUAGCAGUGUGUAGCGUGUCAAUUGCCAUUUCCC